AUGACUAUUUCAGAAGGACAGAGUGUGGACUCCGUGGCAACUAAAGUAGGGCAGAGUGUGGACUCCAUGGCUACUUCAGUCGGAUACAGUGUGUCCUCAGUGGCUACAACAGUAGGACAGAGUAUGGACUCCGUGGCUACUUCAGUCGGUAAGAGGGUGUACUCCGUGGCUAGAACAGAAGGACAGAGUGUAGAUUCCAUGACUAUUUCAGAAGGACAGAGUGUGGACUCCGUGGCUACUCAAGAAGGACAUAUCGUGGACUCCUUGGCUAUUAAAGUAGGACAGAGUGUGGACUCCGUGGCAACUAAAGUAGGACAGAGUGUGGACUCCAUGGCUACUUCAGUCGGAUACAGUGUGUACUCAGUGGCUACAACAGGAGGACAGAGUGUGGACUCCGUGGCUACUUCAGUCGGUAAGAGUGUGUACUCCGUGGCUAGAACAGUAGGACAGAGUAUAGACUCCAUGACUAUUUCAGAAGGACAGAGUGUGGACUCCGUGGCUACUAUAGUAAGACAGAGUGUAGACUCCAUGACUAUUUCAGAAGGACAGAGUGUGGACUCCGUGGCUACUACAGUAGGACAGAGUAUGGACUCCGUGGCUACUACAGUAGGACAGAGUGUGGACUCCGUGGCUACUCAAGAAGGACAUAUCGUGGACUCCUUGGCUAUUACAGUAGGACACAGUGUGGACUCCGUGGCAACUAAAGUAGGACAGUGCGUGGACUCCAUGGCUACUUCAGUAGAGCAGAGUGUGGACUCCAUGGCUACUGCAUUAGGAUAG